AAAAACAACAUGGCGGGCAGUGUCAUCUCGAUAUCGUCGUGAAUAUAACGUGAAAUAAUGAUUAUUAUUGUUUUAGAAUAUGGGUGAAUAUGUGCAAUAAUUUAUUAAACAUUGAUGUGAAAAGUGUUGUGUUUUGAUAAUUUUUGUGAUAAUAAAGUGUUAAAAUGGCCUCGGAUAAGAUCAAAGUUGCUGUGCGGGUUCGUCCUUUUAACAGGCGAGAAAUCGAACUCGGUACACAAUGCGUGGUGGAAAUGGAAACCCAGCAGACAAUACUGCAAAACCCGCAGUCAACACACGACAAAGAAAGAAAGCAACCAAAGACGUUCGCAUUCGACCACUGUUUCUACUCGCUCGACCCUGGGCUGAGCAACUACGCGUCACAGAAGACUGUGUUCGAAUGCCUCGGCCGAGACAUCCUGGACAAUGCUUUCGAAGGGUACAACGCGUGUAUCUUCGCGUACGGACAGACGGGUUCCGGCAAGUCGUACACGAUGAUGGGCGCGCCGGGGCCCGACGAGGGCGGCAUCAUACCCCGGCUGUGCGAUGCUCUCUUCGAAAGGAUAGCGAAGCAACAGUCGCCGCCCGCACUCACCUACAAGGUGGAAGUAUCCUACAUGGAGAUAUACAACGAGCGAGUGCACGACCUCCUCGAUCCGGAGACGACGCGUCGAUCGCUGCGGGUCCGAGAGCAUGCCGUGCUCGGACCCUACGUGGAUGGACUCUCGCAACUAGCUGUUACGUCUUAUCAGGACAUAGACAACCUAAUGACUGAAGGCAACAAAUCCCGCACAGUCGCGGCUACAAACAUGAACAGUGAAUCCUCCCGUUCCCAUGCGGUGUUCAGCGUGGUGCUGACACAGACACUAUGCGACUCUGCGACAGGCGUGAGCGGGGAGAAGGUGGCGAGGCUGUCCCUGGUGGACCUGGCUGGGUCUGAGCGGGCGGUCAAGACGGGCGCGGUGGGCGAUCGGUUGAAGGAGGGCUCUAAUAUUAAUAAGUCACUAACAACGCUCGGCCUAGUUAUAUCGAAAUUGGCGGACCAGUCGUCGGGCAAGAACAACAAAGACAAGUUCGUGCCGUACAGGGACUCGGUGCUCACGUGGCUGCUCAAGGACAAUUUGGGCGGGAACAGUAAGACUGUUAUGGUAGCGACAAUAUCACCAGCCGCCGACAAUUACGAAGAAACGCUAUCCACGCUUCGCUACGCGGACCGAGCGAAGCGUAUAGUGAACCACGCGGUCGUCAACGAGGAUCCGAACGCGAGGAUCAUACGCGAGCUGCGACAAGAGGUCGAGGCUCUGAAGGAGAUGUUGAAACAUGCUACGGUAUGUGAUUUGAGUGGUUCACCAGUCGGCGAGGAUGUUCACGAGAAGCUGGCGCAAAGCGAACACCUCAUGAAAGAGAUGUCGAGGACUUGGGAGGAGAAACUUGUGGAGACUGGUCGGAUACAAAGCGAAAGACAACACGCGUUAGAGAAGAUGGGCAUCAGCGUGCAGGCGAGCGGCAUCAAAGUGGAGAAGAAUAAGUUCUAUCUUGUCAAUCUUAACGCUGAUCCCUCGCUCAAUGAACUAUUGGUUUAUUAUCUUAAGGACCGCACGCUAGUAGGCGCGGACCGUUCCGCCGAUAUCCAACUAUCCGGGCUCGGUAUCCAGCCCCAACAUUGCCUCUUACAAGUUGAGGGCGGAGCCCUACACAUGCAGCCUUUAAAUGCGGCUAGGUGCUUCGUCAACGGAGCCCCCGUGCUCGAAGGUGUCAGAUUGGGGCAUGCGGAUAGGAUCCUGUGGGGAAAUCACCACUUCUUUAGAGUCAAUUGCCCCAAAGAUACCAAUGAGCUGGGUGAGUUUUCAACAGCAUCCGAGCCACAAACUCCCGCGCAGCCGAUCGACUACAACUUUGCACGCGACGAAAUAAUGCUCAACGAGCUCAGCAAUGACCCCAUACAGACGGCCAUCUCGCGCCUCGAGAGACAACACGAGGAGGAUAAACAGGUUGCUUUGGAGAAACAGAGACAAGAGUACGAACGACAAUUUCAGCAAUUACGAAAUAUAUUAUCCCCGUCUACGCCUUAUCCGCCAUACUCAUAUGAUCCACUCAAGUUAGGUAAAAUGAGCGCAUGCACGCCGACCACGGCCGCGCGGGUGGAGCGCUGGGCGGCGGAGCGCGACGACACGUUCAAGCGCUCCAUCGGGCGGCUGAAGGCGGACAUACUGCGGGCCAACGCGCUCGUGCAGGAGGCCAACUUCCUCGCCGAGGAGAUGAGACGGAACACGCGGUUCAGUGUCACGCUGCAGAUACCGCCGCAGAACUUGAGCCCUAAUCGCAAGCGCGGUGCAUUCGUGUCCGAGCCAGCCAUAAUGGUGAAGCGGCCAACCCGAGGCGCGCAAGUGUGGUCCAUGGAGAAACUGGAGAACAAACUCGUGGACAUGAGAGAUAUGUACGACGAGUGGAGGCAUAGACAGCACGAGGAGGGGGAGGAUAUUGAUGCGGCUCAAAUAGACGUGGAAACACCAACGGAGCCAGAAGAAAAAGCGCUAGAUCCAUUCUACGAAUCGCAAGAGAAUCACAACUUGAUUGGUGUCGCCAACAUUUUCUUGGAGGCGUUGUUCCAUGAUGUGACGUUGGAUUAUCACACGCCCAUAAUAAGCCAACAGGGAGAAGUUGCUGGCAGAUUGCAGGUGGAGAUAAGCAGAGUAUCAGGCCAGUUCCCACAAGACCGUAUUUGUGAAGCGGCGUCCGACAGUUCUGGCGAUAUGAGAGAUGACGAUGAGCCUGUUGAUCCAGCUACACAGCAAGUGACAAUCCGCGUAGUAAUCAAGCAAGCAAGUGGGCUACCCCCCUCGCUAUCUAACUUCGUGUUCUGCCAGUACUCAGUAUGGGGUGGUGGGGAGCCCGUGGUUGUAGCGCCACAAGUGUCGGCGGACACCCCGCCCCCCGCGCACCCCGCGGUACCUGCGCACCCCGCGCACCCCGUGGUGACGUCACCGCGCCACCAGCUCGUGACGUUCCGGUUCGAUCAUAGAAGGGAUUUCACGAUACCGCUCACGGAGGAGUUCAUUGAGCACUGUGCGGAGGGCGCGCUAUCAAUCGAAGUGUGGGGCCACCGUUCCGCUGGCUUCAGUCGAGCAGUCGGCAACUGGGAAGUAGAAGCACAGCAGUUGGCCAAAGCGCGGUCCCUGGCCGACCGCUGGGCGGAACUCACCAGGAAGAUAGAGCUGUGGGUCGAGAUACAUGAGCUGAACGAGCAGGGGGAAUACGCGCCCGUGGAGGUGAGUGGGGUCACUCAACGGGCAGACAUCCCGACGGGCGGCGUGUACCAGCUGCGGCAGGGCCAGCAGCGGCGCGUGGCGGUGCGCGUGCGGCCCGCCGCCAACUCGGGCACGCUGCCCAUCAUCUGCCAGCACAUUGUCAGCGUCGAAGUGGGCUCCGUUACCGUCAGGUCACGGCUCCAAAAACCGCUCGACUCGUACCAAGAGGAAGACCUCGCAGUGCUCCGCGAGAGGUGGAGCGAAGCGCUCGCACGUCGGAGACAGCACUUACACGCACAGUUACAGAAAUUGGUGAAUAUGUCGCCAUCGUUGAAGAGUGAACGAGAUAUGGAGCGGGAACAGUCGCUCGUUGAACAGUGGGUUUCACUCACUGAGGAAAGAAAUGCGGUUUUGGUACCAAGUCCUGGCAGUCCGAUACCUGGAGCGCCGGCCGCGUGGAACCCCCCGCCCGGCAUGGAACAACAUAUUCCGGUGCUGUUCUUGGAUCUUAAUGCGGACGAUCUAACAACGCACGGCACCGGCGAAGAGGUCUCCGUAGCGGGCCUGCACUCGAUCCUGCCCAAGGAGCACGGCAACAAGUUCUACGAGCUGCAGCUGGUGCAGCACCACCACAAGGACGUGAGCGCGGCCGCCGCGUGGGACUCCUCCAUACACGACUCGCAGUACCUCAACCGCGUCACUGAGGCAAACGAACGCGUAUACCUGAUACUGAAAACAACGGUACGUCUAUCCCACCCGGCGCCGAUGGAGCUGAUCCUGCGCAAGCGACUCGCGCUCAAUAUAUACAAGCGGCAGAGUCUUACUGAUCGGAUACGGAAGAAGAUUGUUAGCACGUAUUACAGGACGGAUCAGCUCACGCAAACCGGGGUGACAUACGAAGUGGUGUCCAAUAUACCCAAAGCGUCUGAGGAGUUGGAGGAACGGGAGAGUCUCGCGCAAAUAGCCGCUACCGGGGAGGACUCGAGCUUUGCUGAUGGGGAGACUUAUAUCGAGAAAUACACACGAGGCGUGAGCGCAGUGGAAAGCAUCCUCACCCUCGACCGUCUACGUCAGAGCGUAGCCGUCAAGGAGCUAGAACAAGCUCGCGGCCAACCGGUCACCAUGCGCAAGACGGCCUCCGUGCCUAACUUCUCGCAGGGUGCUUUCUCACGACGCGACGCGUUUCAAACGCUUUGCAACGCGACUCGAUAUGUCGUUGAUUUCGUAUCGUCAUUGCAAGGGCAGGAAUACGAUGCUCUCGGUCAGGAUGACGCGUCGUCGCGUUGCGUGAUAAUGCGCCUGGACUCAUCAUUCGAGUCGCUAGCCGGUCUCUCAUCAGGCCGGUCUGGCAGUGUGGCCGACUUGGCAGACGAAACACCGCGCCGUAUACGUCACUCGUACGCGGCGCCCGCACACAACGACCCCGACCUGACCACGCCCACCAAACCUUUCGGACUUGCGUCUCCUGCAAGUGGGAAAUUGGGUUUGCGUAUGACAACACUACACGAAGAGCCGGGAAGGCGUAACGACGAAGAUUCUCAUUCUGAACCGGAAUCUGCCCCUACUGAUGAAUUGACUACGCCACGCUCACACCGCACUCGAUCGCGCGCCACAUCUCGUGGUUUCUUGCCGACAUCCAAAACUUUGGACUCAUUGCACGAACUCGCCUGCGAACGAAUUCCCAACAAGAAUUCACCGUCGAUAUCUUCUAGUGGAUACGGUUCACAAGCUGUAUCAUCCACGAACCUGACCAACGAUGACACGCUCUCCAUACGCAGCAUGUCCGUUGACGACACACCAGAUUUCGACAAAGUGAUGGACUACACGCACUUGAGCCGAACGAAAACGUCCAUGGCCGGCCUCAGGAACGAAAUCAGUGAACUGCGAAGCGAUAUUACAGACUUGAAGAAUGAAAUAGUCGAGUCGAAAAAUGAGCUCGAAGAUGUCGCGUUUGAAAAGACCAAAACGCCAGUUCUAACUCCGGGAUCGAGGAAUAGAAUAAAUCCUUUCUUACGGGAUUGUGAGGAAGCCAUGAAGGAUGAUAAGGACUCGCAGAUAUUGGACCCGCUCGGCGCCAUACCGGUGGAGACGCACGCUGUGGUAUCUAGUCAAAAUAAAACCGAGCUACAGGUCAACGGGGAAUCGGCGCAUGAUACUUCGUUUGGUGAAGCGGAAAUAGAGUCAGUGAGCUCCGAACAGUCGAGUCACGGGACGCGAAGUCGUGAGGCGUCUUCGGUUGGUGAGAGCGACUCGCCCGGACCAGACCCGGUUGUUAAUACAUCGCUGCCCGCUGGGAAGGUGGUACGGCGUCGUGCGAACAACGCUCGCAGUGCAGCUCGCGCCUCAUACCCGGCGGCUCGCAAAGCGCACGAGCACGCGCCCGCACGUGCGCUGCGGGAUACACCUGCGUCCUCUACUGAGAGGAUCUUGCAUGACGAGUCGUCGGAGUGCGAGCGCUCGCACGCGCUGCCCGAGUGGAUGGCGGUGGGCGAGAGCGUGCAGCUGCGGCUGAGCAGCUCCACGGGUGUGGUGGCGUACAUCGGGCCCACGCACUUCGCCAACGGCACCUGGGUCGGCGUCGAGCUGGACGCGCCCACCGGCAAGAACGACGGCUCAGUAGCGGGCAUCCGCUACUUCGAGUGCCGGCCGCGGCACGGCAUCUUCGUGCGCGGCGAAAAACUGACGCAAGAUCGCCGCGGACGGUCCGCGCGAGCCUUCCGCAGCGCUGAGCUCACGCGUGCCACUAGCAAGGGUGAAGGCCUACAGAACCUGCACAGGUCGCGGAGUCGCGGCGACAGUAUAAACGCGGUCGGCACCAAGACCAGGAGCAAAUAAUCGCACGUCCACACUACGAGUCCAAGUCCUCUUUAUGUUGCACUCUUGUAACGCUAUGGUGCUUAUAUUGUGUAUAUUUUGUUCUCGUCGCGUGUAAAAGCAAUAAUUUACCCACGUUUCCGUUUCACAUUCCCCGGGACGUUCGUAGGUCGGUGUGUAUGGUGCGUCCACGUAGAGUUAAAUCGUAAGGUUAACCUUUAGCUCUGUGGUGACGUACCAUUGGAAGAAAACUAUUUUCUCGCUUCGGUUGUCACGUGUGUAACCGAUGGUCGAAGGAAUUUUCACGUUUUCUACGCAGCUGUUCGAUUUAUUAGCGAAAUAUUUUUUUUUGUAUUGUGUACGUUUACGUUUCGUUUUUAUCAUUGAAACGCGUUUGUAAAUAAAUUUGACAUUCAAUCGAUUUAUAAUAUAAUUUUAUUUUUUAUUUUAUCAUUAUUUUACUGUAAAUACGUGGAUGUUUGCGUGUGUUUUUAUUGAUAAUAAUUUAAUGAUUUAGAGACCAAUGAAUUGUUUGUGAUCGACGGAAGGCGGAUUGUUUGUAUAGAAUUUUUUACUGUAUAGUUUGUGGUAGACGUUAUCGUAAAUUAUUUAUGUAUUAGCUCAUUGACUUGACGCUUUUUAAGGCACAUUAUACACUACAUGUUUGGCAUAUAACAGAAAGUGUAAUAAAGACACGUUUAUACUGUACGCAUAAUGUUUUGACAUAUCUGCUGAAAAUGAAUCAUGACGCGAAAAGUUCCUAUGGUUUUGACUAAAUUUCUGUUACCCCUGUUGGUGGAUGGGACUUAGGCAUUUUAAUGCAUUUAAAAUAACCCCUAUUUGCUCAUAUUGUGUUUUGGACACGUUUGCCACUCCAUUGUGAUAAUUUCUUGCCACGUUCUUAAUUUUUUUUAAACGAAAUUUUUUCGGAAUUGAUUUUACCCUUUAAUUUGUAACUUAAACGAAAUCGUCCAAUGUCACAUCAACGUCCUUAUAAAGACUUGUACUUAGUACACUAUCGAGCCAUCGCCACGGACUCUUUAUAGCCAAAAUAUAUCUCUCCAUCUCCCGGCGCAAGUCACGAGCGACAAUUUACUGCGAAUUUUUGAAUGUAAUUUGACAUUUGAUAUUUUAUCUAAAGAAUAUACGCUGAUACUGAUCUUUUGCGUGUUUACGCUUCGAUACUCUAUUGUUUUGGAAUCGUUCGCUCGUCACUUGCACCACACAUAUAUCGAUUAGGGUUGUGUAGUUAAAAUUUUUGAGAAUGUAAAAAUUUAAUGUUUGUAGACGUGUUUCAACGCGCUGUAUAUUGAAUUCAUGUUACAAUUUAGUCCUCAGAUCAUUAUAUCCCUCCACGGAAACAAUAAUCGAAACUGUAUAAUGUUUUCUUUCGUGUGGUAGCCAUUCUCGGUAGCUUAGGUUCGGGUGACCAUCAGGCCGACAUAGCAAGAGUAGUGAAUGUAUAACCAAGUGUAUUAGGGUAUGUCCACAUCGACCCGCUUCGCGACCGAAGCGGUAUAGUGUUAGAUCACCUUAUUGUAUAUUCCAUCCUCUUAGUGAUGUAAUUGUUAAGUACACUUUAUUGAGUACACAAAUAGUGUUAAUACGCCUCGUUAUUUACUAGUGUUUUUAAAAUUUCACUCUCAGCAAACAUAGCCAGUCACUUGCCUACAUUCCUCUACACGAAGUUGUAAAAUAUGACGAUUAAGUAAUAAAUUAGAAAAAAUAUAAAAAAAUAUUCGCCUAACGUGCACCGGAGACUACAACGCAAUUUUUCGUAGACUACGUGAACCUUGACUGACGUCGUAUUUUUUCACAGAUAAUUAUCACAAAGCUUACUAGACUGUUGUACUUAAACAUUCCAUUUUCAACAUUUAUUAUCGGAUUACACUAGUAUUUAUAAGUUAGAUUUUUAUAGACAGAGUGCGAAUGAUUUUGCAUUUUUUACCGUAAUCAGGCCUCAACUAGGACAGCUCAAUGUGUAGUCGACUAUAAAGAAAAUGUUGAGUAAAGUCUUUUCAAAUAUUGUAGGAUGUGUCUUUGAAACUCUCGAUGUGCUUCUGUCCAGUAGUUGUGGUAGUACUCGGGCAACGAGGGGAGUGUACUGCGUCUAUGACCUAUCUUUAAAAACACCAAUCGUGAUUGAGAUUACAUUU